CCAUCCAAUGUGUCUCCAUGAAUUAUUUGCCGCUUAGCUCUCCAACCUUUCCUUAAACGUGGGAGGAUACUUUGACCAUUUUGCUUUCUUAGUUUCACUCGGACUGAUGUGGCUCUGACGGCUGAAGGAUCCUACGCUGGGAUAAAUGCACAUUCAAGACAAAAAGAGGAACUUAGACAGCAUGCCGACAGAGCCAAACCUGCCCGGUCCAGACGGCGUGAGCAGUAACUGUGCUAUUUGUGGGGACAAAGCCACGGGGAAACACUACGGAGCGUCCAGCUGUGAUGGCUGUAAAGGCUUCUUCAGACGCUCCAUACGCAAGAACCACGUUUAUUCCUGCAGGUUCAGCAGACAGUGCGUUGUGGACAAAGAUAAGAGGAACCAGUGUCGAUUCUGCAGACUCAACAAAUGCUUCAGAGCGGGCAUGAAGAAGGAAGCUGUACAGAAUGAGAGAGAUCGGAUCAGCUCAAGGAGAAGUCUCCCAGACUCCCAGGAUCUCCCCACCAUCUCUAUUUUAGCCCAGGCUGAAGCUCUGUCUCAGCAGAUCACCGCUCCUGUGGGGCUGGUCGACAUAUCGGAGCAGAAAUCGGCCAACAUUGGAGACGUCUGUGACUCCACCAGACAGCAACUCCUGGUUCUGGUGGAAUGGGCCAAAUAUAUCCCCGCCUUUGGAGAGCUGCCACUGGACGACCAGGUGAGCUUACUCCGGGCUCACGCAGGGGAACACCUCUUGCUCGGGGUCGCCAAAAGGUCAAUGCCAUUUAAGGACUUCCUGCUUUUAGGCAAUGGCUGUGUGAUCCACAGGAACAGUCCUGAACCAGAACUCUGUCGAGUAGCUAACCGAGUGUUGGACGAGCUGGUUCAGCCUUUCCAGGAUAUUCAGAUAGAUGAGAACGAGUAUGCAGCACUCAAGGCCAUCGUCUUCUUUGAUCCAGAUGCAAAGUCUUUACGGGACCCUGCAAAGAUCAAGGCCAUGCGUCUGCAGGUCCAGAUGAGUCUAGAGGAUUACAUUAAUGAUCGUCAGUAUGACUCCAGGGGUCGUUUUGGAGAGCUGCUACUCCUGCUACCCACCCUGCAGAGCAUCACCUGGCAGAUGAUCGAACAGCUCCAGUUCAUUAAGCUCUGUGGCCUCGCCAAGAUAGACAACCUGCUGCAGGAGAUGCUGCUGGGAGGCCUGUCGUCAGACCCCGCCCACCUGCAUCACCCAGCCCACACCCAGCUCCAGGACCCUCUGACUGGACACACCCUGGUCAUCAGCACCAUGGCGGUCAGCCACACCCCACUCAUCACAUCUCCAGACACUCCUAUCCCCUCACCCCCCAACGGCACAGCCCCAGAGAAGUUCAAACCCUUCCCCCAGCCCACCUGUCCUCCAGCCAGCCCCUCAGCCUCCUCUCAGACCGAUCCCUGAGCCGUCCUGGCUGAUCAGUCUGGUGGUCUGUGGUUAGACAUUAACCCGGUGGAGCAGUAACUGGGCUGUGAUUUAAGCUGCUGAGAGCAGCACUUUAAAACUUCAAUAUGUGACUUUUUAAAUGUUCUACUUUAAUGAAACACUACAGAGACAUCAGCAGAACCUUCUGGACAUUUCUAAGGUCUUUUCAGACUAAAACACUUUAUUUUUAGCUCAGUGUCCUGGUUUAAUAUUUGGAGACAGUAGGGAGCAUGCUCAGGGAUGUGACGGCAGAUUAAUGUAAAAUUUAAAUCUGAAUAUAAACUUUAGAUAUAAAAUAAUCAGAUCUAAAACAUUUCUACUUUUUCAGUUUAUUAAGCUUUUUCUUAAAUUAAUCUUAAGCCCUUUUCUAUGGAAGUCCAUUUCUGCCACUAAAGAAAAAUAUGAAGCUAAGGAAAUUAUUUUUAAAAAUCUUGAAAUUAUGAUGUAAAGCCAUACUCAUAGGAAAUAUACUCAGCAGAAAAUAACUGAGUUUUGAAAUUAUAUCUCAUAAAUUUGCUUGUUUGAGCUCAAAAUUUUGACUUGUUGUUUAAUAAUUUUGAUUUUCAAACUUAUAGAUAUGAAUUACUUUCUCAUUAGUCGGGCAUUAAUUUUUGGAAUUAGUUUAAUAUUUAUCUUAAUUUCAUAUUGUUUUCCUUUUCAUGUGGCUGAAAUGAACUUCCACAUCUUGAUAUAAAAUAUGAAUAUAAUAUUUCUGGUGUUUUUCCCACAGAUGCUAAGAUCAAGAUCAGAAAAAUAAAAUUGAAUGUUGUAAUUUAAAAGAACAGUGUACAUAGUUCGUGUUGAAUGCAUAAAGGAGUGUGGAUUGAUUAUUUUUAUUUUACUAUCAUACUGUAAAUAUUUGAGAAAGAUAAAGGAAAUAUUUAGAUUAUGCAUUUUGUUGUUAAUUUUGAUAAAGUGUAAAUGUCUUAAUUUUAUGAUUUAAAUG